ACUCGCGGCUUCGGCCCCGCCCCCAGCCCGUGCUCCAGGGUGCCUGGUCCUGGGUUCCCAGAGAGGUGAGUCUGCGGUAGGUGAGUGCGAAGCGCUGGCCUGCUCAGCAUAGUGGUAUCGCAGUCGCCAGCCCGAGCUCGCACCCGCUGUGUAGUUGAGCUGUGCGCCGGACCUCCGCCGCUUCGCCAGGCCCAAGGCCAGCUGGGCCGCGUAGCCAGAGCCGGGCCGCUGGGAGGCCGGAGCCGCUGGGCCUGCGGCGCCUGCAUCAACCUCGCUCGAGGGCAGAAGACUCACCGCUAAAUCACAUUCCCCGGCUUGUGCGGUGGCCUUCCUUGGCUCUGUCCUCUAGCUCUCAUCGAUGUGCUCGAGGUGCGGGAGAGUUAGUGCGAGCUACCUGUAAGACAGCUUGAAAGACAGCUUGAACUUUUCCUAGGGAUUCUCUCUGCCCGCCCGUUAGAUUGAACUGCCCAUUUCGUCUGAGACUUUGUGUGCUUAUUACCGAAACCAAAGAAGUAUUUUCCCCGGUGUCCUUUUAGGACGUUAUAACUUUUGUCCUUUGCAAGAUAGUUCAAAAAAUUCGUCGAGGGAAAGACAAACUCUUCCCACGGCCAGGGACUGCUUUGUCUUCAGAGUUUGACGUAAAGGCUAGCAAAUGACAAGGCCCUGUUUCUGCAUCCUGGCCUCCCUAGCACCCUAGCAUCCUCAGAGGAGCUUCGGUUUCCAGCAUCUUUCUAGCAUUCAGAGAGACUUCUUCAGAAUCAUGAUCCCAAAGGCUUGACCCGUUUACUAGGAGAGAGAAGUUGUCUCCUGAUCCCCAAAAUGGCAGCUAAAAUGGAGAUAACUUUGAGUUCCCACACAGAAGCUUCCUCCAAGCAAGAGAGACACAUAAUAACAAAACUAGAGGAGAAACGGGGGGCUACUCUGCCAAAAAACUGCCCGGAUCCUGAGCUCUCCCGCCAGAGCUUCAGACGGUUUUGUUACCAAGAGGUGUCUAGUCCCCAAGAGGCACUCUCCAGGCUCCAACAGCUCUGCCAUCAGUGGCUGCAGCCUGAGCUACACACCAAGGAGCAGAUUUUGGACCUUCUGGUGAUGGAGCAGUUCCUGACCAUCCUGCCCCCCGAGAUCCAGGCUCGGGUCAGGCAUCGAUGUCCAGUGAGCAGCAAGGAGAUUGUGUCCCUGGUGGAAGAUUUUCACAGAUCAUCCAAGAAACCAAAGCAGUGGGUGGCCGUUUGUAUGCAGGGGCAGAAGGUGCUCUUGGAGAAAACUGGAUCCCAGCUUGGAGAACAGGAAAUGCCACACUUUCAACUGCAAACUCCUAGGAGAGAUCUCAGGGAGAGUUCCAUGGAGGAGCCUUCCCAGGCAGGAUCUCAUGACCAGCUGAGCCGCCAUCAUUGGGAGAAAUCCCGGCUACUCCAGGAACCAAACCCCAAAUUAGCUGGGACAGAGUUUCUUAUAGUGAAGACAGAUCCAAAUGUGCCUACUAAUGAACUUACAUGCAAGCUGUGGCUGAGUUUCAUUUCUUAAAAUGGUGCCAUGUUUAUUAAAAGAAGGGUGCAAGUAGAGAAAAAGCCCCACUCCAUAUUAUUUCUCUUCAUCCUCUGUGACAUUGUGCUUUAAACCCUUGGAUCUAUUUCCCUGUCUCUGGUACAAUGCCAGUGUAAUUACUGGUGCUGUUCUACACAGUACAGUGAUUUCUGAAACUGAGUGACAGUGAUGCCUUAGCUAGUCUUGAUGAUAUGAAUACAAAAUAUAGUCAGCAGGUUAGAAAGGAGAGUUACAAGAAGACUAGAGCCUUACUUCCUUGACAUGGGUACAUUCAAUGACACUUUUGCAUCUUAGUCUAUUCAGACUACUAUAACAAAAUAUAAGAGACUAACUUAUAAACAACAGAAAUGUAUUUCUCAAAGUUCUAGAGGCUGAGAAGUCUAAGAUCAAAGUGCCAGCAUGGAGGGGUUCUGGUGAGGGCCCUUUUCUGGGUUGCAGGCUGCCAACCUUUCUCUGUCCUCACAUGACAGAACAGGCACACAAGCCCCCUCUGGCCUCUUUCAUGAGAACACUAAUCCCAUUCCCAUGAAGGCAUAGUCCUCAUGACCUAAUCACUUCCCAAAGCCCACCCCACCUUAAUACCAUCCCCUUGGGAGUUAGGAUUUCAAUAUAUGAAUUUGGGGGAAUAUAAAUCAUUGCACUUUAGUUUCAUGAUUUUUGGAACUCAGAAAAUGGAGAAGACCUGUGACAUUCAGUAGAAAAGCUUAUGACUCUGGUUGAGGUCCUGCCCCAUAGCCUAUGGCCUUCAUGGUCCUGAAGAAAGUGGACCCCACACACCCCCUUGUGCCUCAGCAGAGACAGCUGGGUGUGUGUGUGCUGUCUCUGUCUCCUUUCAUUUGAUCCCCAAGGGGGCAGAUUCCCACGCUCCUCAUCCCUAAGAUCCACCAGAACCUUCCUUCAGAGCUGCACUGUCCAAUACAGUAGCCACUAGCCGUGUGUGGCUAUUUAAAUUUUACUU